AUGUCGGCUCAGGGCAACAAAGUCUUUGCCCCAGCGAUCUUCUUCAUCGCUGCAAGGGAGGCGCUCGAAGCCUCCCUUGUCAUCGGUAUCCUCUCUGGUAUGCUCGAGAACCUCGUCAUGCACACCAAAUCGGCUCAAGAUGAGGCCUCCGAGGCCUCGCUCACCGAUGAAGAGAAGGAACGCGCUCUUGCCAAGAAGAAGGCUAUUGUUAGCAAGUUGCGCAGGAUCGUAUUGUUGGGCGCAGCGACAGGUUUGUUCAUUGCAUUCGUGAUCGGUGCUGCUUUCUUGGCUGUCUUUUACACCCAGGUCAAUGACUUGUACGCAAAAGCUGAAGAGCUUUGGGAAGGUAUCUUCUGUCUCGUUGCUGUCUUGCUUAUUACUCCCAUGUCACUCGCCAUCUUGCGUGCCGGUAACAGCAAGCGCAAGUGGAAGCGUAAACUCGAGAGCGCUUUCAGUGAUAAGAACAUUCAGCCUAACCGCGCUCACGAUGUCGAAGGCGAGUCCACCGUCCUCAACACCAAUGCCAACGCCAACGCCAACGCCAACGCCGCUUCUUCCUCUGACGCUGCUUCCUCCUCGUCAUCGUCCGGUCGCCGAGUCGCCUCCGAACAGGCAGCCCUCAAGACCACCGGCACCGAAAAGAUGAACCCUCUCGAAGCAUGCGAUGUAGUCCCCAGCAUGCCCCACACUCAGACUCGACCAAAGGCCGGCCUCCGUGGCCUCUUCUCCAAGCCUUCUGGCGCCGUCACCGAUCUCAAACUUCGAAUAAAUCGCGGUACACUGGCACUCUUCACCAUUCCCCUCAUCACCACUCUCCGUGAAGGUUUGGAAGGAGUCGUCUUCAUCGGUGGUGUCUCCCUCGGCCUCCCUGCCACUUCCAUCCCUCUUCCUGCCAUCGUCGGUCUUGCAGUCGGUCUGCUCGUCGGCUUCCUCAUCUUCCGAUCGGGCAACGUUCUUUCAGUUCGAAUCUUCCUCGUCGGUUCCACAUGUUUCCUUCUCCUUAUCGCUGCCGGUAUGGUCAGUCGUGCAGUGUACUACCUCCAGUUCUACUCUUAUGUCAAGCUUGUCGGUGAUUCUGCUGCCGAGUCAGGCGACGGUCCUGGAUCGUACGAUUCCCAAGGUUACAUCUGGCACUUUAACUACGGUAACCCAGAGAACAACAAGGGUGGUACCGGAUGGGGUAUUUUGAACUCGCUCGUUGGGUGGAACAACACUGCUACGUACGGUUCGGUGUUCAUGUAUGUUGGAUAUUGGUUUGUUGUCGCUGGUUACUUGUGGUACCAGAUUUGGAGCGAGGGGAGACUGGCGCUUAGGUUUCGAGGAAAGACUUAUUGGCAGUCGAAGCGUGCUGCCGAGAAGAGCGAAGCUAGACAGUUGAAGGCUGAGCAGCGGGAGCAGAGGGCGUUGCAGCAGGCUCGCCAGUCGUCUUUUGGAAACGAUGAGAAGCUUGCUCAGGCUGGCCCUUCUUCCCUUUCUCAACUGAGCUAG